CGUUUUUACAUUUUCUUCAAUUUCAUUGCCUUACAGAUGAAAAAGGGAACGCCGUGCGCUGCCAUGACUACAACGCCCAUGGUUCCGCGGCCGCGCUCGCUCCCGGUGCCUCGGUGAUGCGCGUGAUGCCGCGUGAGCGCUGGGAGUCCCGCGUCCCGGGCGAUCGCUCCGCAGUGAGUCUCCUCGUGGAGCCGGGAGGCGCCCGCAGAAACCCGGCAGAAACCCGGCAGAAACCCGGCGGAGCCCCGGCCGGAGCCGCUUCCUUUCGCUCCGCGCCGCUGGAAGGAGGAGGAGGAAGAAGAGGAGGAGGAGGAGGAGGAGGAGGAGGAGCGGCCGGGGAUGUCAGUAAGGAGAGACACAAAGAAGGGAACCCGGGAACGUCCUGACACCGCGGAGGAAACGCUCGAGACGCUUCCAUGGAGCUCCUGCGCGUGCACCGAGACAAAGCGUCCCCUCCGGGGAGCGGUCCGCCCGGGGAGGACGAGCGGGGAGCGGGGUUCAAAGGGCACGGCGAUUCGGCGCCGGACAAGGAGAUCCGAGUGUGCUGCGACGAAGAGCUGGAGACCUCCUUCGCGUACGUCGACGAGAACGUGAACCUGCGGCGGGGCCCCGCCGCCCUCGGCCUCCGGGAGCUCUCGCUGACGUCCGACGACGAGCUGGCGUCCGAGAGCUCGGGCAAGGUGGACUACGGCUUCAUCGGCGCCGUCACCUUCCUGGUGACGGGCAUCUCGCUGGUGGCCAUCUCGUACGCGGUGCCGCGGGAGGUGCGCGUGAGCCCCGACAGCGUGUCCGCCAGGGAGAUGGAGCGCCUGGAGAGGGAGAGCGCGCGGAUCGGCGCCCACCUGGACAGGUGCGUCAUCGCGGGCCUCUGCCUCCUGACGCUGGGCGGCGCCGUGCUCUCCACCUUGCUCAUGAUCUCCAUGUGGAAGGGCGAGAUGUACCGCAGGAAGGCGUUCGCCUACUCCAAGCACAAGGCCAAGCUCUACGGCUCCGUGAGCCUGCGGACGAGGUCCAGCCCGGCUCGGGCCGCGUCGCCGCUCUCCGUGGACGAGGACGGCGCUGCGUCCGCGGGCGAAAGCGCCGCCUCUCGCCAGCACCCCCCCCCGCCUGCCAGACUGAAACAUGUUCGUCCCCCGCUCUCCCCCAAGCUGAGAAUUUGCCGGAACGCUCGAGGACUCGCUCGCAGUCGGGGAGCGAUAACGUCGUCUUAUACCUCUCCGCUUCGAAGGGAUACUUAGCACUUUUGUUAGAGCUCCUUAAGUGUGACGUUUGGGGGGAAAACGUGACGGCGCCCGGGGACAGGAAGCCACGCCCCCUUUUCUCACGUCGCGUUGACGUCCAGCUCAACUCAAACUAACAGCCAUGGACAGUAACCGCUCUCUUAACCGCAGUGGGCUGCGCUUAUUUCGCUCCUGUUCCUGUUCCGCUCGGAAGGAGAAGAGGGAAAAGAAACCGCUGAGAACGUAACCAACUAACCCUAAUCAACACUGGAAGAAUUCGCAGAGACACACUGACAUGUGUUCACACUAACGCACGCAUGUAUACACAAACACCCCAGGCUGCACCAGAACUAUAUGGGCUUUAUUAUUGGGGGUGGAGCUUUUUACAUCCAGCGGGUGGCGCAGCGGUUAGAGCUGUCACCUUAUUAUCGGGUGAACCUGGGUUCGAAUCCCACCUCUUGCUGUAAGGCCCUUGAUCGUGGUCCCUGCCCUGCAUUGAUGUAGUGACUUACCCAGCUGUAGAAAUGGGUAAAUCAGUGUAAAAAGCUGAAUGUAUGACUCCAACAUUGUACAUCACUGUAAACAAAGGCAUCAUGUACAUAAGCGGUAAAAUUUCAAAGUCAUUGCAGGGUUACUCAUGUUUACCGUGUCUGUCUUUUACCACAAAAUAAGUGCUUCAGAUGUGCUGCUUUUCUCAGGAAUUCCUUCUGCCGGGAAACACAAUCCCGCCUGCAGCACCGGGCCACCCAGGAGGCUCUCGCACCUCUUCACUCGGGGGGGGGACGCGUCGGGGGUAGCAGGUGGCGUAACACAACUUUUGCUUUCCGGCUGAAGAACCUGGGUUCAAAUCCCAGUCGAGUUAACCUGAA